AUGGCAGAAACAAGUAACACUUACACUAAGGAAAGUACUCUGGAGCAGAAACAACAGAUUCUUCAGUUACCAAGCCAUGUGGACCAUUGGAAAAAGAAAAUGCAACAAAUAGAAAGGCAGCUGAAAUGUCUGGCGUUUCAAAAUCCAGGACCACUUCUAGCAGAUUUCAACCCUGAAACUCGGGAACAGCAGAAGAAAGCUUGCAUGUCAAUGAUAAACCAGGAUUGCUUUAAUAAUACAAAGAAAACUGUGAAGAAAUACGACAAACAAGGCCGGCUGCUUUCCAACAAGGCAGAUUUGUGUGACUGCCUGGAGAAAAACUGCUUGGGCUGCUUCUACCCCUGCCCGAAAUGCAAUUCCACCAAGUGUGGGGCAGAGUGUCGCUGUAACAGAAAAUGGGUUUAUGAUCAGAUUCAAAUAGAGGCUGGGCAAAUUAUUAGAUUUCCAUUUUGA